GAGCAGGGAGGGAGAACAGGAAGGGGAUUUUUGCUCCCCCGCCCCUCUCAGCCUCCCCAGCUCGACUCCUCGCCGCGGGGUUACCAGUUCCUGCCCAUACCAGGCGCAAGCGCAAAAGAGGCCGGAGCCCGCCUCCUCCUGCCGCUGUUCACCAAGCGCGGCGGGACCCACCGCUGCUCCCGAGGACUGGUGUCUCCGGAGGAUGCCCCGAGGGCGGUGGCGACUUUGCCAACGGCCAGGACGAUGCCCUCCUUCUCCCCGGCCGCGGUCCUGGUGCUGCUGGUCGCCUCCGGGAAGCUGUCGCGCUUCCCCCGCGCUGCCGGUGAAAAGAACUUAGAGACUCCUCAAAAUGUAACCGUUGAGAUUGUAGAUCAUAAUUUCAUACUGAAAUGGAAUUGGGAUAAUGAACCUAACAGCAAUGUUACUUUUUCAGCAUAUUACCAAAAAAUAAAGUCUGGUAAGAUGAGCAAUUGGAACAAAUUGAUUGGAUGUCAAAACGUCACUGGCACCAAAUGUGACUUUACUUCAACAAAUUUAAAUAUAUUUGAAAAAAUUAGAGUGCGUAUAAGAUCUGAAAAAGGACAAGAAACAUCACCAUGGUGUAAUGAUGUCCUGUUUGCACCGUUUCAAGUAGCACAAAUUGGUCCUCCAGAAGUACAGUUAGAAGCUGAAGAUACAUCAAUAAUAAUAAAUAUUUCUCCUCCAGGAACAAUAAAUAGUAGCAUGUGGGCUACUCACAUCUCAAGUUUUACCUACAGUCUAAUUAUUUGGAAAAACUCUUCAAGUGUAGAAGGAACUCGUUAUACUGUUCAUUCUGGAGAUAAAAUUAAUGAUCUCUCACCAGAAACUACUUAUUGUUUAAAAGUUCAAGCAAGAUUACCUAUACAGAAAAAAAGUGGUUCCUAUAGUCCAAUACUUUGUAUAAAUACUACAGCUCAACAUAAAUUACCUCGUCCAGAAAAUGUAGAAGUUGAUGCUGUAAAUAACUAUAUUCUAAAAUGGGAUUAUCCAUAUGAAAACAUGAGCUUUCAAGUUCAGUAUCUCCUGGGCUAUUAUAAAAGAAUUCCAAGUGACUACUCAGAUAAAUGGAAAACUAUAUCUGAUUGUAAACAUAUCAUAAGUAGACACUGUGACUUCUCAGAAGAAAUCACCACAGAUGGAAUUUAUUAUCUGCGUGUACAAGCUUCAAACGGAACUAUCACAUCUCUUUGGUCUGCUGAGAGAAAAUUUGAUACUAGAAUACAUACCAGAAGAGGUCCUCCAAGCAUAAUAGUGAAACCCCAUAAGGACUCACUUUCUGUCUACAUUAGUGUUCCAGGAGAAUCUGAAAAAAAGCCAAUGAGCCAGGAUUAUCCAUUAAUUUAUGAAGUUAUUUACUGGAAAAAUGCUUCAAAUAUUGAGAACAAAAUGAUAGUAAAACAGAAAUUAUUUGAAGUUUCUGAUUUGAAGCCCCUGACUCUGUAUUGUUUCAAGGUCAGAGCACUUCUUGACAAUGAAAAGAGCAGCAAAAGCAUUCAAUUUAGUAAUGUUGAAUGCAGUAAGAUAACACCAGAUGAACCGAAAAAAACCUGGAUUAUAGUCAUUUGCUUUAUAUUUAUCGUGGGACUGAUUGUUAUAGCUUAUUGUUUAAAAAGACUACUGAAAUUGGUAAAAUAUGUUUUUUAUCCAUCCUGCAAACCUCCUUCAAAUAUGGAUGAGUGGUUUUCUGAUCAGCCAUUGAAAAAUCUCCUUGUCACUUCAGAAGAGCAAACAGAAAGUUGUAUUAUUGAAAAAGCAAAUAUCAUUGUGUUAGAAGAAACAAAUCAAAAUGAAAAAAAUGAUGUUUGCAAUAAGCAAGACAAUCAUGAUUCAGGAAACUAUUCCAAUGAGGAUGAAACCAGUAGCAAUAAAAUGACUGAAGAAAAACUAUAACAGGAAACUAUGCAACUAGAAAUCGUCUGAUGUAGUACCUUGCCAGACUGGGGGCCUGAGUCCCAUGCCCUUCUUAGUACUCUAAGAGAAUUUUUGACAGAGAAAUGAAGCCUAACUUUAGACUUUCAACCCCAAAAUUCUUAAUUAAUACUCAUCUAUUUAAAGUGAAAUUCCUAGCGUUUAAAGAAGUAUAACUACAAAGCAUAUUGCUCCUACAUUUAUAAAUGUCUUCAAAGUUCUGUCUUUGAAUUCCAGAAGAAGAACCUGCCUCUCUAAACAACUUGACAAACUCGCUUUAAACAGCAUGCCAUCAGUCUUCUAUACUGUUUCAUUGGGAGCCAGUUAAAAGCAGUGUUUUCUUUUGUUUUAAAACAGCCUUAAGUACCAGAAAAGAAAGUCUUGUGAACCACAUCCACCUCUUGCUGGAAAGUUCAGGUUGAAUUGCCUCAGACUUAGUAGUUAGAAUUUAACUUCCUUUAAACAUCCUUUAAUAUCUUUUCAUCCUCUUUAUCAUAAGAUCUCUGAGCUAGAAGAAACGUCAAGAAAUCAUCUAGCCCAGCCCCUUGGCAAGUAAGGCAGCAUUUUUUUCCAUUUUACCAAUAAGAUGGCUGAGGUCUAGAAAUGUUAUCUGACUCUCCCUUGGUUAAGGUCACACAACUAGUAAGUGGCCCAGUAUUUUGGUUAAUAAUUUACUAGAGCUAUAACUUUUUAUUAGAUUUUAUGUACCUAAUAUGACAGGGAUAUGAAUUGUUUACUCAGGAAAAAAAUAUUUUUUAAAAGGUUUAUUAGUGAGUCUAUGGAGACACCAAUGAUAAUAACUCACAUUUAUGUAGUGCUUUGAGGUUUGUAGAAUCAAAACCCUGUGAACUAGGCAGUACAAGUGUUAUUAUCUCAAUUUAACAAAUAAAGAAAUUUACAUAUGAAGUCCAUAAGAUUUAGGGUAUGAGAAAUUAAGUGACCUCACCGGAGUCCUUAUAGCAUAAUAGCAAGUAUAAAGCAGUAUUCAAACCUAGGUCUUCUGACUCUUAAGUCCAGCAUUUUAUCUCAAUGCCAUGCUACCUCUGGAGGAAUCUUUAUUAUCCUAUGAUAUUGAAGAUAUAAACUAGGCAAAAAGGAAGUAAUAGAAUGGGACUAUGUCAGAUUUAGGACUGGCAGAAACUAGUUUAGCCACCUCAUUUUAUAGUUGAGGAAACAAAUGCCCUCAAAAUUUGUGAUUAAGUAAUAGUGUAUUUCAGAGUAAAGUUAUCAGGUGUCAAGAAAUUACUUCAGUUAAAGAAAAAAACUAUUAUUAGCAUGUUUGACCAUUUUGUGAAUUAGCCGUUUCCUCUUUUACGUAUGAGGUGUCUUCUCCCUGCUACACCACAGUUUUUCAGGCCGUCUCCCUCUACUCUUCAGCCAGUAUAUGCUCAAGAAAUGCAAACUUUGUAUUAGCCUAAGGAAUAUGCAGGCCUAUUAUUUAAAAAUCAUAUACAUCCCUAAUAAACAAUUUCUGUACUUUCUA